UCUCUCUCUCUGUCAUUCCCGAGAUACAAGACAUUAUGGGCUUAGGAAAGAGAGAGAGAGAAAUCAACGUUAAUCUUAAACAGCGUGGUUAAACUACUAUGUAUGCACCAAAAUCAAUGGCAGCAAGGGGGGGCCAUUUCGGCAAUUAUUGUCUUCUCGUAAAAAUUCUACACGUCUUGGAACGAAGACGACGAAACCUAAGCCUCUCUCUGUGCCGCUAACCGCCAUGUUUUCAGAGAUGUUCUGCACCAAAAACAAUACGCAUGUUAAUCAUCCUCCUCUCUCUCAACUCUCAACCAUUUUGUUUCUCCCUAGUACUCCCUACCCUCUCUAUAAAAAGAGUGCUCCACAAGCCAUCACAAUAUAACUAACACCACUCCUAAUUAAUAAUCACCAAACCCUUAAAAUCAACAAGUGAUGGAGAGUAAGAAUAACGAUGAGGUGGAGGUGGUGGAAAUGGGAGGCUCCAACGGUGUUCCUCCUAGUUCGCGGUGGAACCCUACAAAAGAGCAAAUAAGCAUGCUAGAGAAUCUGUAUAAGCAGGGAAUAAAGACUCCGAGUGCUGAGGAGAUACAGCAGAUUACUGCUAGACUCAGGGUGUAUGGUCACAUCGAAGGAAAGAAUGUCUUCUACUGGUUUCAGAAUCACAAGGCCAGGCAGAGACAGAAGCAGAAGCAAGAAACCAUAGCUUACUUCAAUCGCUUUCUUCAUACGCCCCAGCCUUUUUUUUCUCCGCCAAUUUGCCCAAAUGCAAUGUGUGCCCCAUAUUUCAUACCUCAGGCACAGAGUGAAAUUGGGUUUUAUCCCCCACAUUCAAAGGUGCUUGUACCUGUAGGUUUUAGGAGGAGCACAUGUGAGAAGGUUGUGCCCACAGGCAUGUCAAACAUGUUCAAUGGCCCGGUGGUAUACGAAGAGAGAAUCUCGGAUUGUAACUUGAGCUACAGUAACCAAGAAACGUUGGAUCUCUUUCCUCUGCACCCAACUGGCAUUUUGGAAGGAAAAACAACAGACCAGGUGUAUUCUCUUGCUGCAGUUUCUGCUGAUACUUCAACUGAUACACCUUUUGCUUCUCCUGAUAUCAAUCAAGACCAUGCUUCGCAACUAAACCAACCCUUCUUUGAUUUUUUUACUUCUUCUGGACAACCUUCUUAAGAUACCCGGUAAAUGGUAUUGGCUGAAACCUCCCAAAAUGCAACUUUGAAUUCAGAUCACCGAAAUGGUUUUAUGUCCUUCAGUUAUUGUAAUGAGAUUGAUGUUUUUUUUUUUUUUAAUUAAUUGUUACUAUUAUAUAACAUGACGUAUCCUUGUCAACCUGACCUAUGUUACUGGCUUACUGUCACCAUUUUAAUGCAUGGCGCCUACUUAUAAAAUAAUUCUUUUUGCAGACUAUGAAAACAAAUGAGAUUAAUGGCAACAA